GUUUACAGAAUCGGUUGAUAAGCUCAUUAAAUAUUGCCUAUAAUAAAACAAAUCAUAAAUUACUGUUCGGUGCAAGAAUAUAAGAUAAGAAAAUUAAUUAAAUAUUGUUUUUUUUCUUUAAAUUGACGAAAUCUGAAAAUCUGAUCACGAUGCCUGCAAGAAAAUUAUUUACGAAAGGUUACAAGAUACCUGAACCUGGUGAAGAAAUCGUUAUUUCUGGUAUUGCCGGUAGAUUUCCAGAAUCAAAAAAUGUAGAGGAGUUCAAAAACAAUUUACUAAAUAAAGUAGAUAUGGUUACGGAUGAUGAUCGCCGAUGGAAAUUAGAUCAUUUAGAUAUCCCUCAGCGUACAGGAAAGAUUAACGAUCUUAACAAAUUCGACGCGUUGUUCUUUGGCGUUCACUUUAAACAGGCCCACACGAUGGAUCCGAUGUGCAGAAUCUUAUUAGAGCACGCUUACGAAGCCAUCAUUGACGCGGGAGUUAAUCCAAAGCAGUUACGUGGAUCACGAACUGGCGUUUUCGUGGGUGCAUGUUUCUCUGAAUCUGAAAAGACUUGGUUUUAUGAAAAAUUACAGGUAAAUGGCUUUGGAAUUACCGGAUGCAGCAGAGCCAUGUUAGCGAAUAGAAUUUCCUAUUGGCUAGGAGUGACUGGACCAUCUUACACUUUAGAUUCCGCUUGCAGCUCAAGCUUAAUUGCAUUGGAACAUGCUUAUCGAUGUUUGCAAGACGAUCAAUGCGACGCCGCUCUUGUGGGCGGAUCAAACCUGUGUCUUCAUCCCUAUGUAUCGCUGCAAUUUUCUCGUCUUGGUAAUAUAAUCCCUCGUCUUCGAUCAUAUUUUUUCUGCAUAAAUCUCUAUGAUAUAAAAAAAUGA